UCGAUAAUACAAUUAGCGAGGAGAUCUAUACCAUUAUGAAACUAUUCAUUGCGUGCAUCUUUAUUGCCGCAGCGACGGCUGCAGUGAUUCCUGUCGAACAAGCCAGGCACCGUCGCGAUGUCUCCGAGAUCGUGAAUGAAUAUAUCCCACCCUUGGAGGAAGUUGGUGUCGAUGCCGCUUCUGCGGAUAUUGCCCAAGACUCCGCUGCUGUGGGAGAAGAUGGAUACCGUUACAAAACCGUGCGUCGCCUGAAGUACCGUCAACGUCGUGAUGUCUCCGAGAUUGCCAACGAUUACUUGCCCCCAGCUGAGGAAGUUGCCACAGAAGCCCCCGUCGAAGAAGUCGCUCAGGAUUCUGCUGUUCUCGGUGAGGAUGGUUACCAAUACAAGACUGUCCGUCGUCUGAAGUACCGUCAACGUCGUGAUGUCUCCGAGAUUGCCAACGAUUACUUGCCCCCAGCUGAGGAAGUUGCCACAGAAGCCCCCGUCGAAGAAGUCGCUCAGGAUUCCGCUGUUCUCUCUGAAGAUGGCUACAAGUACAAGACUGUCCGUCGCCUGAAGUACCGUCAACGUCGUGAUGUCUCCGAGAUUGCCAACGAUUACUUGCCCCCAGCUGAGGAAGUUGCCACAGAAGCCCCCGUCGAAGAAGUCGCUCAGGAUUCUGCUGUUCUCGGUGAGGAUGGUUACCAAUACAAGACUGUCCGUCGCCUGAAGUACCGUCAACGUCGUGAUGUCUCCGAGAUUGCCAACGAUUACUUGCCCCAGCUAGGAAGUUGCCACAGAAGCCCCGUCGAAGAAGUCGCUCAGGAUUCUGCUGUUCUCGGUGAGGAUGGUUACCAAUACAAGACUGUCCGUCGUCUGAAGUACCGUCAACGUCGUGAUGUCUCCGAGAUCGCCAACGAUUACUUGCCCCCUUCUGAGGAGGUUGCUGAGGAAGCUCCCGUUGAAGAAGUUGCUCAGGAUUCCGCUGUUCUUGAAGAUGGCUACAAGUACAAGACUGUCCGUCGCCUGAAGUACCGUCAACGUCGUGAUGUCUCCGAGAUUGCCAACGAUUACUUGCCCCCAGCUGAGGAAGUUGCCACAGAAGCCCCCGUCGAAGAAGUCGCUCAGGAUUCUGCUGUUCUCGGUGAGGAUGGCUACCAAUACAAGACUGUCCGUCGUCUGAAGUACCGUCAACGUCGUGAUGUCUCCGAGAUCGCCAACGAUUACUUGCCCCCUUCUGAGGAGGUUGCUGAGGAAGCUCCCGUUGAAGAAGUUGCUCAGGAUUCCGCUGUUCUCUCUGAAGAUGGCUACAAGUACAAGACUGUCCGUCGCCUGAAGUACCGUCAACGUCGUGAUGUCUCCGAGAUUACCAACGAUUACUUGCCCCCAGCUGAGGAAGUUGCCACAGAAGCCCCCGUCGAAGAAGUCGCUCAGGAUUCUGCUGUUCUCGGUGAGGAUGGUUACCAAUACAAGACUGUCCGUCGUCUGAAGUACCGUCAACGUCGUGAUGUCUCCGAGAUCGCCAACGAUUACUUGCCCCCUUCUGAGGAGGUUGCUGAGGAAGCCCCCAUUGAAGAAGUCGCUCAGGAUUCUGCUGUUCUCUCUGAAGAUGGCUACAAGUACAAGACUGUCCGCCGCCUGAAGUACCGUCAACGUCGUGAUGUUUCCGAAAUCGCCAACGAAUACUUGCCCCCAGCUGAGGAAGUUGCCACUGAAGCCCCCGUUGAAGAAGUCGCUCAGGAUUCUGCUGUUCUCGGUGAGGAUGGUUACCAAUACAAGACUGUUCGUCGUCUGAAGUACCGUCAACGUCGUGAUGUCUCCGAAAUUGCCAACGAUUACUUGCCCCCAGCUGAGGAAGUUGCCACAGAAGCCCCCGUCGAAGAAGUCGCGCAGGAUUCUGCUGUUCUCGGUGAGGAUGGUUACCAAUACAAGACUGUCCGUCGCCUGAAGUACCGUCAACGUCGUGAUGUCUCCGAGAUUGCCAACGAUUACUUGCCCCCAGCUGAGGAAGUUGCCACUGAAGCCCCCGUUGAAGAAGUCGCUCAGGAUUCUGCUGUUCUCGGUGAGGAUGGUUACCAAUACAAGACUGUCCGUCGUCUGAAGUACCGUCAACGUCGUGAUGUUUCCGAGAUCGCCAACGAAUACUUGCCCCCCUCUGAAGAGGUCGCAGAAGAAGCCCCUGUUGAGGAAGCCGCUGCCGCCCAAGACUCGGCUGUUCUCGGUGAGGAUGGCUAUCAAUACAAGACUGUCCGUCGCUUGAAGCUACGUCAUCGUCGUGCCUUGUAAGCGCGCAAUCUGGUACCUGCCUGUAUACGAUUAGAACACAUUUAUCCCCACCAAGCACUCGUUAGGUCGUAAGUAAGAAUCCUGUUUUGCCAUUAUUUAACGAUUGAAAUCAACAAAAAUAAA